GGCGCCCAGACACACACUUUAGCCACCGCAACACGGAAUGCUUGGACACCCGGCAGAUCUGCGGCGCCCCUGCGCUGUGCUCCUGCCACCAACGCCAAAUCCUACUCGCGGUCGCGGGAGGCGAAAAUCCCGUUAGUUGCCCAGACCCAGACCCAGAGAGGAGGGCGACGAACACACGGUGACGGAGAGCCGAGUGGACAGGACAGGAGCGCGGAGGGAGGAGGAAACAAAGCAGAAAAGCAACCCCCGUCUUCCAUCUUUGCGGAGCGACGCGCAUCUGCCCUGCCCAUCUCUUUCGUGCUCCUACCCCCCGCCUUCUUCCGCCCGCCGCCUCAGCCCUCAAGGCUUUUCCUUCUCAUCUUCUUCUCAGACCGGGGACGGGCCCGACGGGGACAGGGACAAAAGGUGGUGCGAUCUUGUUGGGCACACUCCGCCUCCGCGCGCGGGAAGAGAGAGAGAGAGAGAGAGAGAGAGAGAGAGAGAGAGAGAAGGACGGAGGGUGGCAGGGCCGCCGCGCCGGUGAGCCGACCCCCAGCCAUGGCAUUGCCGGCUCCCCCCGUCCGCCUGGCGCUGCUGCUGCUCGUCGCGCUGCCAUUCUGCGCCGCGCAUCCCGGGCCGGGGGCCUUCAACGCUCCUCGCCACUUCCAGACGCCCGCGCUCCACUCUGCAGAUGGAUUUGGCUUGGUGGCAAGAAGGUCGAUUGCUGAAGCUCCUGCUGACAUCAACGUCACUACGAAUAGCUCCUUUGUGCUGGCGGCAGAUAGGACAUAUCGAAGGGACCCUUUGAAUGGCUUCAGGAAAUACCCGGGCGGCUGGAAUAUCAGUGAAGUGCACUAUUUCGCUUCCGUCGGAUAUACAGCCAUUCCGCUGUUCGCCAUUGCUCUCGUGUGGUUUGUGAUCUUUUUCCUGGUUAUGCUUGGGAUUUGCUGCCGUCAUUGCUGUUGCCCGCAUCACACCUACAAGUAUUCACGAACAGCAUAUGCUCUAUCAUUGAUACUUCUAAUACUGUUCACAUGUGCUGCAAUUGCUGGAUGUGCUAUGUUAUACGAUGGCCAGGGAAAAUUCCACAAGAGCACAACAACUACUCUGAAGUUUGUUGUUAGCCAGGCAAACUAUACUGUUGACAACCUUAGGAACCUAUCUGAUAGUUUGUCUGCUGCAAAGAAGGUCGACAUAGCACAGUCCUUUUUGCUGCCUCCUAAUGUGCAAAAUGAGAUAAAUGAAAUUCAAGGAAAGCUGAACUCAUCAGCUACUGAUCUUGCUAUUAAAACAACAGAUAAUGCCGCGAAGAUCAAAAAGGUGCUAAACAGAGUGCGGCUUGCUUUAGUUGUCAUUGCAGCUGUGAUGCUUCUUCUGGCAUUUGUUGGCUUCUUGUUAUCCAUCUUUGGUCUGGAAUUCCUUGUCUCUGUCUUGGUUAUUAUUGGAUGGAUAUUGGUUACUGGAACGUUUAUCCUGUGUGGUGUAUUUCUUCUUCUGCACAAUGUCGUUUCAGAUACUUGCGUUGCAAUGGAAGAGUGGGUUGCUCAUCCGACAGAACACACAGCCCUGGACGAGGUUAUCCCCUGCGUGGAGCCUGCCACGGCGAACGAAUCCCUGUACAGAAGCAGGCAGGUGACGUUCGAGCUGGUGAACGUGGUGAACCAGGUGAUCACCAACGUGUCGAACAGGAACUUCCCCCCGCAGCUGACGCCUUUGUACUACAACCAGUCGGGGCCACUGAUGCCUCUGCUCUGCAACCCCUUCACGCCUGAUCUGAGGGACCGCAACUGCAGCAGAGGAGAGGUUACCUUGGACAACGCAACCCAGGUGUGGAAGAAGUACGAGUGCCAGAGCACCACCGUCUCAGGAGGAGCCGAGAUCUGCGCGACGGUGGGGCGUGUGACCCCCAGCAUCUACGGGCAGAUGACCGCGGGCGUGACGGUGAGCCAGGGGCUGUACCAGUACGGGCCUUUCCUCAUCCAGCUGCAGGACUGCACCUUCGUGCGCGACACCUUCACGACCAUCAACCAGGGCUACUGCCCGGGGCUGGAGCGCUACAGCAAGUGGGUGUACGUGGGCCUGGUGAUGGUCUCGUUGGCGGUGAUGCUGUCGCUCAUCUUCUGGGUGAUCUACGCCAGGGAGCGGCGGCACCGCGUGUACAGCAAGCAGCACCAGCCGUACCCGGUGGAGGACAAGCCGGCGGCGACGGUCCCGGGCGCUUGAAUUGAUAUGGCCCGCCCGUUCCAGUGCUCCGGCCUACUCCCGUGCCGCUGUGCAUACUGUACUCCGCGCGCUAGUUGGGUUUUACGUGGUGGUGUAGGUGGAUGAUGUACCCUGGAUUGUUGUUCGUUUGCUUGGUGUUGCUGUAUGUUUGCUGAUUUUAAGUUGUUGUGCAUUCUCGUACUGACGGUAGCUGGACAAUGAAUUGAUUGUGUUGGGAUUGGUUAUUAUUAGGUGUUCUUCAGUUCGUUUCU